AACGUAAACACAUACUCAACUGUUAUCAUGACUGGACGCGGAAAGGGAGGAAAGGGACUGGGAAAGGGAGGAGCCAAGCGUCACCGUAAGAUUUUACGUGAUAACAUCCAGGGGAUUACCAAGCCCGCCAUCCGUCGUCUGGCUCGCCGUGGUGGUGUCAAGCGUAUCUCUGGUCUUAUCUACGAAGAGACCCGUGGUGUGUUAAAGGUCUUCCUUGAGAACAUCAUCCGUGACGCCGUUACCUACACCGAGCACGCUAAGCGCAAGACUGUGACCGCCAUGGACGUUGUGUACGCACUCAAACGCCAGGGCCGCACUCUGUACGGUUUCGGAGGUUAAAUGGAUACUAUUCCGUGACCACUGUUGCUGUUUACAACUCGAAAUUCAAACAACAAAACUGGUGCAUAUUUGCACCACCCUUACAUACAAAGAAAUCAUCUUGUCCACACUUAAAAAGCGUA